AUGAGGCUUCAAUUCCGAAGCGCCGUGGAUGAACGAGGGCACCUUCGAAGUGAAGUGGAGGCCCUGCAAUCGGAACGCGAUGCCUUGGCAGCACAGGUGGAGCGUCUCGAGCUCGAACGUGUGCAAUUCGCUUCGGCACAAGACCUGGACAAGCAGGAGUUGGAAUCGACGGUGCAGUCUUUAGUCCGAGAGAUCAAGGCUUGCCAGACGGAAGCAUCGGCAGCCAAGGAUGAGGUGCAGCGCUUGAGCAAUGCACUAGACGCGGCCCAAUCCUUGUGUGAGCAUGCUGAGGCCCGAGCCGUUGCGGCAGAGGUAUCGAAGACGGAGGCAUGCUUGCGUCGUGUGUUCGAUCGCAUCUGCUCAGCAUCGCUUGGCCGAGAGCAGCGUGCGCUUCACUGUACGGCCAACAUCAUUUGGUUUGGACGGCCGUUGUCGGAGGUACAGCGACUCACCACAGACAUCGAGGCACUGAAAGCCAGCAGCAGCUUGGCGUUGCGCAGGGCCGAGAGAUGCGAUGCAGCGGAGGCUGAGGCAGCACGCCUCCAGGGCGAGGUCUGUCGCCUGCGUCAAGAGGAGCAACGACUCCGGCUGUUGGAAGAGCGCUUGAGCCAAGCGCAAGCUUGGGUUCACGACAAGGAAGCACUUGAGAAGCGUUUGGACCAGGCCCUCAGGAGGGCGGAUACGGCAGAGAAACAGGCGAAAUCCUUUGAAGACAAUGCAAAGUCCCUGGAGUUAAAGCUGCUCGCAGCCACUACAGAGCUGGAAGAGUCAAAUCUUGCUGUGCGAACGGGGCACGAAAGGGAACGAUCCCAAGAGGCAGAGCUCAGGAACGUCGAGAUGGCACGGGCCGAAACGGGGAGGAAGCUGGCAGAAACUCUGCAAGAACUUGCAGACCUUGAGACCAAGAGUGCAUCCUUCCGUCGGAAGGUAGAUGCUGACCUUUCGGAGGUUAAGCUGCAGCUUUCUGAGAGCUGUGCUCGGUGUGAUCGAGGCGCUGCCGAGCUCGAGGCUGAGCGAGGGAAGAGCCAGGAUGCAGUGAAGAAGCUCUCGUUCAUGGAGGAGCAGCUCGCGACCCGAGACGCCGAAGUCUGCGGCUUGCAGGAGCAGAGCGCCGGCUUGCGGCGGGACCUGGUGAAGGCGAGCGCGGCACGGGAGGCUGCAGAGCAGCAGAUGGCUCCGCUGGCCGCGGAAGCCGCCAGGGCCUGCAGGCUCAGGGAGGAGUCUGCUACGGCCGCCGCGGCGGCCCAGCAGGAGGCGACCUCCUGCCGCUUGGAGGCAGAAGCCACCCGCAUGGCGCACUACGAGCAGGUCUUCUGCAAGAUUGCAAAAGUCAUCUGUGCUCGUGUGAAGAAGGCGACACGAUGGGACUUCCUUGGGAACUUGCGAAUUGUCAAUUCUCUGGCAGGAGUUGGAGAGGCUGCAGACACUGCUCGCCUGGUGCUCUGUGUUGCUGAGCUUUACAGUGCAGACGAUGUGGCUGCAAUGUCCGCCGCGCAGAUGUACCUAAGGGGUCCCAGUCCACGCUCCCACAUUCGAGAUGAGCUGGCCUUCGUGCGCAAAGAGACUCGAAGCGGCUGCCCAGCCUUGCCUCCCGCCGUCACCCGACGCCUAGCUUCUCCGCGACUUCGCGACGCUCCGCUGGCUUUGCAGGGGCGGUCAAACUCCAGGUCACGCAGGCCGUCCAGCUUCGCCAGCACUGCUGCACCAGAUGAUGAGCUAUGA